AUGAGUGCGUGGCCAGAAGUAGCGACUGCGAAGUCGGAAAACAGACAUGAAAUCAAAUUGGCGGGAGCCGCGAUUUCGAAACGCAUUUCAGAUGAGGGUUUAGACAAAAAUUUGUUUAAAUUAACAAAUUUAAACCUCCUUAACAUCAGCGACACAUGUCUUACAGCCAUUCCUGAUGAAAUCAAACUGCUCGUGAACCUGCAAUCGCUUUUAUUGUACGGAAAUAAAAUUGCAGACUUCAAUGAGAAUUUAACCUCCUUACCUAAGCUAAAAGUGCUCGAUUUGUCUCGAAAUGAACUGACUAAAAUACCGGAGUCCCUUAAAAAAAUGAAGGAACUGACGAGUAUCAACUUUAGCUCCAAUCAAAUAGCGCAAAUGCCAAAAUUUGAUAACCAUCCCAAUUUAAUUACAGUUGAUUUAUCUAACAAUAAAUUAACAUAUUUCCCGGAUACGGAAUAUGCAUAUUUACCCCAUUUAACAGAUUUAAAAUUAAACGGCAAUCAAAUAGAAUCGAUUCCGAAUCAUAUUGCUCGUAGUCUACCUGCCCUUAAGAAUUUCGACAUUGAAGGUAAUCAGUUAAAAACAAUCCCAGGGGAACUGGCUUCUAUGUCCAAAUUAAAAGAAUUAAAUUUAAAAGGUAACAAGUUAUCCGACAAACGUCUUAUGAAGCUCGUUGACCAAUGCCGUACAAAACAAGUCCUAGACUAUAUAAGAGACAACUGCCCUAAAGUGGACAGCACCCCAGCAACCAGCAAAGGCAAGGGGAAGAAAAGUAAGAAACAGGAUGAAGCACCACCAGAAGAUAUCAGUGAAUCAUCCCACUCUAUCAAAAUUCUACAUGUGGAAGAUGACACACUAAAAAUUACGAUAGUAGAACAAGAACUUUGGAACGUAAGACCUUUUAUCCUGUGCUGCAUCAUACCGGAACUGAAUUUCACGGACGCACUGUUUAAAAAGUUUAUUCAGAUGCAAAAUAAAUUGCAUGAUACCGUAUGCGAUAAACGUAAUGUCGCUACAAUUGCUACUCAUGACAUGAGCAAACUUCCGCCUGGUAACAUAGUGUACACAGCUAAACUUGCGUCCCAGCUGUUGAUCACACCGCUGUCAAGAUCAAAGCAGUUCACCGGCGAACAGUUGUUCCAGCAACUCUCGGCUGAAGCUGAUGUAUUGCGGAAGGAAAAGAAGAGAAAUGUUUAUUCGGGGAUUCAUAAAUAUUUGUACCUAUUGGAAGGCAAGCCCAGAUAUCCUUGCUUAGAAGACGGAUCCGGCAGAGUUAUCAGCCUCCCACCAAUUACUAACUCAGAUGAAACUAAGAUGUCACAAGACAGCAAAUCAAUGCUGGUGGAAGUAACGUCCCACUCAUCGCACGGGGCCUGUAAAACGGUCAUGGACAAAAUGAUCCAGGAGUGCCUGUUGCUGGGCAUCGGAGACGGUGAAGAGAGUGGCUUUCACACACUAACUGUACAACAGGUAAAAGUCGUGGACACGGAGGGUAAUCUCAAAAGUGUUUACCCAUCCCGGACGGACUGCGCCUUCGACAGUAACAUCAAAGUAUACCGCUUACCUAAGAAAUAGUUCUAUGUGUUCCUUUCGCCUUUUAUUUAUUUGUCAGUACUUCGCUUGUACAACAGUUUAGUGUUUAGUUUUAGUAUUAAGUUUUGGAGUGUGAAAAAAAUUAAAUAGUAUGAAGUGACUUGUAGUCAUGACUGAUUCAAAACCUACAUCGUAAAUGAUAGUGAUUGUUCAAGACAGUUGUUAUCUUCUUUUUCUUUUACUUUGGCUCCCUGAAGGAUUUGCCAAUAUUUAUUUAUUUAUUUAUUGGAUUUGCCAAUAUCUGAGUGAAGCUUAGCUUACGUUAUGAGAAUUGUUAAGUUAGGGCAAUAAACUUUGCUUUGUGUAAGGCUUUGUGGGAGUGCAAGUCAAAGGGCAAAAGUUUCUGAUGUCUUUUUGUUUUGUUUUACCGAAUGGAAUUUGAUUCCACUACAUCUCUCAGGUUUAUUUACCCGCAACAUUAAAACCGAAUGUUGUAGUUAUUACUGAAUAUGAAAUGGAUCUGAGGACCAUGAUAAGAGUCCCCGAUUAUCUAUCAGUAAGUGAUCAAAUUUAUCAGUAAGACGUGAAACAGACCCUAGUUCUUAUUAUAUUAAUUUAGAACAACUUUGCACACUUAUCAUUCGUUACCACAAGUCACUACUAUUUCAUUACGUGACAAUUUUUGAUAUCACAUUUUACUUUUCUAUGUAUUAUGUUGGACAUUAGGAAAAUCAAAUGGACGAUCCGAAAAUGCACAAAAAUAAUAAAACAAGUGGACGCAUUUGACUGUAUACAGUAAUCUUAUUUAAAUUAAAAAAAAAAAACUAUUUUUAUACACAUGUCCUGCAUAAGUUGAUUUCAUACAAUGACGCCAGCGCUGCUAUUGGCGGAAAAACAAACUAUGAUAAUAGGAUAAAAAAAAUUGUAAACUUAAAAUUAGCAUGAAUCGACAUCGCUUCUUGCAUGCAUAUUAUUGUAUAGCAUAUGCAUGGAUAUUCUAAGUUCAGUAAUAUUGUACAGGCCAAGUUCAAACCACGAUAAUGACCGAUGUAUAUGUAGGAAUGUCUAUAAUAUAUAAUGUCUUCUUGGUAUGGUUA